CGCAUUUUGGGGCCAGAAGGAGCAAUUAUAUACUUUGUGAGAGAAUUUCUUAAGCAGAAUACAGCAGAGCACGUCCGCUCGUUCUGUGCGAUUUUGUGCGAGGAGGCGCAAAGCUACAAAGCGCAUAUGAAAGGGAAGCUUCGGGGAAUCAAGCCCGAGUUUGACAAGCAGAUGGAGUCAUUGAGAAACACAUGGCUUCUUUGGUUCCUUAAGCAUGCCAUCUUGAAAGACCCGGGCCAAACCCAGCUUAUCCACGAGCUGUACAGUCUUGUUCCUUCAAAGCUGCAGCUGAGCCAUCCAAUUUCCUACUUCGGCAGGCUUUUCGAAAGGUACGAGCCCCGGGUGCUGGAGUGCUUUAUCAAUAAUUCGGAGACUCUUUUGAAGGCCGGCGGGCGGGAAAAGUUUGCUGUUUUGUGCGAAGCUUUCACGUCGGACUGCUGGUUUUAG